AUGCUUCAGGACCAGUUCCAUGACGCCAAUCGGUUCAUGCGGGACCAGAAAAGAGCAAGGCGCCAAUUCGACACGGCUAGUCUCAUGUUCAUCCGCAAACAGAUGGAUUUCCUGGGGCAUAUGGACAAGGAGAUUGAGUUAUUGAAGAUGACAGGGUCCAGAAAGGCGUGUUCGAUGACAGCCACCUUCGCUCGGGAGAGCUCAUGA